UCCUAAAACGGUAGCUGAUAAUGUGCUUUUGCAGUCAGUUCCCACAACCCAGUGCUUAGCAGAGAAGAGCUCUCGCGGAGCUCCCGUUUGCGUCCUGUCUGCUGGAGCAUUUGCUGAAUCAAUGCCCUCCUUGCAGCCUCCUAGACCUGGCAGGAGGAGAAAAUGGAGGAGACAAGCCUGAGAAAAAGGAGAGAGGACCAGAAGUCCACCCAGAGUAACGAACCCAAGACCACAAGUCUCCAAAAGGAGGUGGGCCUGCUCAGUGGCAUCUGCAUUAUCGUGGGCACCAUCAUCGGCUCUGGGAUCUUCAUCUCCCCCAAGGCUGUGCUCAGCAACACAGGAGCCGUGGGGCCCUGUCUCAUCAUAUGGGCGGCAUGUGGGAUCCUUGCAACCCUGGGUGCUCUGUGCUUUGCGGAGCUUGGUACAAUGAUCACCAAGUCGGGGGGCGAAUACCCUUACCUCAUGGAGGCUUUUGGUCCCAUCCCUGCCUAUCUCUUCUCCUGGACCAGCUUGUUCAUCAUAAAGCCCUCAUCCUUUGCCAUCAUCUGCCUCAGCUUUUCGGAGUACGCUACUGCUCCCUUCUACGCGGGGUGCAAACCUCCCGAAGUUGUUGUUAAAUGCCUGGCUGCCGCUGCCAUCUUACUCAUCACUAUGGUGAACUCGCUGAGCGUGCGGCUAGGCAGCUACGUCCAGAACGUGUUCACCGCGGCCAAGCUUGUGAUCGUGGCCAUCAUCAUCAUCAGCGGACUUGUUCUCCUGGCCCAAGGAAACACAAAGAAUUUUGAAAAUUCUUUUGAGGGCACAAAGCUGUCUGUGGGAGCCAUCAGUCUGGCGUUUUACAAUGGACUCUGGGCGUACGACGGAUGGAAUCAACUCAACUACAUCACAGAAGAACUUAGAAACCCUUUCAGGAACCUGCCCCAGGCUAUCAUCAUCGGGAUCCCGCUGGUGACAGGGUGCUACAUCCUCAUGAACGUUUCCUACUUCGCUGUGAUGACGACCACGGAGCUCCUGCAGUCGCAGGCGGUGGCCGUGACCUACGGUGACCGUGUCCUCUAUCCAGCCUCUUGGGUCGUUCCUCUGUUUGUGGCAUUUUCAACCAUCGGCGCUGCUAACGGGAGCUGCUUCACUGCGGGCAGGCUUGUGUAUGUUGCAGGCCGGGAAGGCCACAUGCUUAAAGUGCUCUCUUACAUCAGCGUCAAGCGCCUGACUCCAGCCCCAGCCAUCAUCUUUUAUGGUAUCAUCGCCACCAUUUACAUCAUCCCUGGUGACAUAAACUCGUUGGUCAACUACUUCAGUUUUGCUGCAUGGUUGUUUUAUGGCUUGACUAUCCUGGGGCUGAUCAUAAUGAGGUUCACGAGGAAAGACCUGGAAAGGCCCAUCAAGGUGCCCAUCUUCAUCCCAGUCUUGGUGACUCUCGUGUCCGUGGUUUUGGUGUUGGCCCCGAUCAUCAGUGAGCCCGCGUGGGAGUACCUCUACUGUGCAAUAUUUAUGCUGAGUGGCAUUAUAUUUUAUUACCUUUUUGUCCACUACAAGUUUGGAUGGGCUCAGAAAAUCUCAAAGCCCAUCACCAUGCACCUCCAGAUGCUGAUGGAAGUCGUCCCGCCCGAAGAAGCUCCCGAGUAACUCGGUCACCUUAGCCAAGGCCUAGCUGUGAUCAAUUUAUUUUUGUAAGCCAUAUUUGUAGUUAUUUCUUUCUGAUGUUUUUAAGAAAAAAUAUAUUCAGAUGUCUUAAUACUGGUAUCUUUAAACAUUCUUAGUUCUCUGGGUGGGGGCUCUAGGUGGAAGAAGCAACAGGUGUUUGCUAGGUCAGCAGGCAGAGGUGUCGCUGACCCAGGGCAGAUGGCCAGAGGAGGGCCAGAGUAGAAACUCCCACCUUCAUGAUGGCGACCCUUCAACCGGGAACAUGUCACACAUGCUUCAAUAAAGGGCAUUCUUUAAACUCAGUGAC